AUGGAUUCAGGAAGCAGUAGGAAUUUGGAGACUACAGUGAAUAGGGUCUAUCCUGAUCAGCUUGUUCCAAAGAUAAACACAAGCAAGAAAAUGUCUACCUUAGCAAACCAACCAAGCAUCCUGGAAAUGUCACAAGAGGUUAAGAAAAGCUGUGGAGACAAACAGGUAGAAAUCACAGUUGAAAGAAUAAAAAUGGCGAAGAGCAUCAAAGAAAAACAAAGUAAUGAUUUAGAGAAAGUGGCCUUUAAGAGGAAGGCAGAAAAUGAAGAAAAGCCAGCUGGAAAGAAAGAGGCAAAGAUAACAGAACUUGACAGCACGUUGAUCACCAUGCCUCUGCCUCACAUCCCCUUAAAAAACAUCAUGGAUGUGGAGGUGAAGUUGGUCUACAUCGAUGAAGAGGAUGUGAGCUAUGAGUUUGUAGAGUCCAUCAUGUCCACUGGGAUUCGACCAACGUGCCGAGCUGCUGAAAUAGCAGACCCUUUGCAUGUACCUAAUUUCAGCUUUCUGCCUCAGAUUGACAAAUGGCUUCAGGUAGCCUUAAAGGAUGCUAGCUCUUGCUACAGGCAGAAGAAAUACGCUGUGGCAGCCGGACAGUUCAGAACAGCAUUGGAGCUUUGCAGCAAAGGGGCAGCUCUGGGAAAACCAUUUGAAGCAUCUGCUGAAGAUAUAGCAAGUGUGGCAAGUUUCAUCGAGACAAAGCUUGUUAUGUGCUAUCUACGCAUGAGGAAACCCGACCUUGCCCUGAAUCAUGCACACAGGAGCAUUGUUUUAAACCCAGCUUAUUUCCGAAAUCAUCUUCGCCAGGCAACAGUGUUUAGAUGUCUGGAGAGAUAUUCAGAAGCUGCCCGGAGUGCCAUGAUUGCUGACUACAUGUUCUGGCUCUGUGGAGGAAGUGAACAGUAUAUAAGCAAGCUCAUCAAACUGUAUUGGCAGAAUGGAAAUGAAUUAAGUGAAUCUGGCCACCAAGACUCCACGGAUGACAUCUGUCCCUAUAUUGAAAGUAAUCAAGAGCCAAGCAAGCCUGAAGCAGAAUACAUUGAUUUCCAAGGACUCCACAUAUUGCCUCAGACAGUUGACUGGUCAUCUUUUCCUCCCCAACAAUAUCUCCUGACUCUUGGGUUCAAAAACAAAGAAGAUGGGAAAUUUUUGGAAAAACUAUCAAGUAGAAAGCUGCCUACAUUUACAGAACAUAAAGCUCCCUUCAGUCCGCUGACCAAAGAAGACACAGUGAGACACAUGGAGACAAUGGGGAAGCGAAUCUUGCCAAUAUUGGAUUUUAUUAGAAGCACCCAAUUGCAUGGGAGUUUCCACAGGUGCUCAGGUGUGAUGGAGAAGUUGCAAUACGCCAGCCUCCUCAGCCGACUGCAGAGAGUAAAAGAGCAGUCCCAGGUGAUCAAUCAAGCAAUGGCGGAGCUAGCAACCAUUCCCUAUCUACAGGACAUCAGUCAACAGGAGGCGGAAUUGCUGCAGUCACUAAUGGCAGAUGCUAUGGACACCCUUGAAGGAAGAAGAAACAAUAAAGAACGUGUGUGGAAUACAAUCCAAAAGGUUGGGCGAAUUGAAGACUUCCUAUACCAAUUAGAGGACAGUUUCUUAAAAACUAAAAAACUGAGAACUGCUCGAAGGCAAAAAACAAAACUGAAGCGGCUUCAAACUGUGCAGCAAAGCUAG